AUGUCUAAGUGGGAACACCCCUCUCGAAGUCACCCAACCACUCAUCAUCAGGACUGUGAAAGCAGUUUUGAGAACGUCAUCCAAACGUUGGGCCAGGGAAUCAGAAAUAGCAAGCCUAAAGAAUAUGUCUACGACACAGCCGUCGUUCUCGGUCUACGAUGGAGCAAUGAUGACCUAGGCUUGGCCAAACCUCAAGAUGGACUUCUCCAAACAUUUCGGAGACAAUAUGGAUUCGAAACGGCUAGUCUGCUUAUCCCCUCAACCUCUAGUGAAGAUGCAUUGGCAGCGAUGUAUCACACAAUCUAUAAACUCCGCCAGGACUAUAAAAUGGACCGCGAUGUUAGCCCUCUCCAUCGGGGCACGUUAUUUGUGCUCCACUAUAUCGGUCAUGCUGUAUCCGAAUCAGAAUCGAAGUUUGAAAUCUGUGGAACCCGCAGCCCUGACGCGGUUAGAAUCCCGUGGUCCUCUAUUCAUCUUGGCAUGAAGGCAGACGUCCUCGUUCUAAUCGACACCUCCUUCUCUGGGAGCUUCCAGGAGCCAUGUUACAGCUUGGGGAAAAUACUACAGUACAGUGAUCGUGCUGCUGAGCACUUGUUCUCGACAGGCAACGAGAUUUCUGAUCAGAACGGUCCCACUUACGAUGUUAACAACAAUUUCACGACCCGUCUGACAGAACUUCUGUAUGCCGCGUCGCCAGUACCGGUUACUAUUGUACAGCUCCACGAGGCUCUCUGUUCCCAGGCCAAUGACCCAAGUACCAAGCUGCGCUAUACUCCUCAGUAUAUUGACUGUCGCAAACCGACGAUCGUUCUCCAGCAUGUCGAUAAUACCGCGUGGAGAAUCGAAAAUCCGACAAGAAAGGCACAAAUACCUAAGGGGCGUGUCCUAGUUUCCGUAACCAUUCGAGGGAAUACCGCUCGCGGCCAAGUCAAGCAGUGGCAGACGUCGCUAUCAAAAAUGGACGCCGAGGUGACCAUCGCAGGUGUCUUUGACCUUCAAGGAUUUAUAAGUUAUGUGGAGUCUCACAACCAACUGGCAUCCGAUACCAGCGCUGGUAGCCCCCUCGUAGCCACGCUACCAGAGAGAUCAAAGGAUCCAGCGUAUGUUGACUAUGUCAUGCUCUCUCAUACGGAGGAAUAA